AUGGUCUCCGUGGCGUUUUCGUCGGCCUUUCACGAUGCCUCUGCCGGGCGCGAUUCGCUGAACUUCCACACCUUCGAGCUCGCUCUCAAGGACGUGGAUGGAGACACGAGCGACGCGGCCGACCCCGCCGAGCAGAGGGCGGGGCUGGCGGAACCCUCCAAGCCGGCACGGCGCGGCUCCGUCUUCAUGGUGGCCACGCCGCCAGCCACGCCGGAGGCGGCGGCAGAUAGCCUAGAGGGCGAGCAGCGCAUUCAUCACCAGCAGCAGCAGCAACAGCAGCAGCAGGCUGAACCGCCGCCGCCGCCGCCGCCGCCGCCGCCGUCCUCCUCCUCAACAGGAAAGCGGGCGGCGGCGAUGUACAGGCAGACGUCCGCGCACAGACUGUUUCGCGCGGCUCCGCCCGAGCCCAAGAGGCAGCAAUGGAAGGUCUGCGAGAAGACUCCGCUUGCCGGCGACGAAACCGCCUCCACCUCCGCCGCCGCCGCUCCCAUGAGCGGGGAGGACUCGAGGCUGCGCUCCUCGUCCUGGCACGCCUCGGACAACAGCAGGCGGUCACCACCUCCUCCCCCCGGACUGGAGUAUGGCCACAAUAACAACAAAAAUGACCGCUUUUUCCCCAAGAGGAUAGUAUGCCGCGACGACAGAGAGGUGCUGGAUGGCUCAGACGUCCUACAGCAGAUAUCGAACCUCACCAGCACAGAGCCUAGCAAUGAACGCGAGGUAUUCGUCGGUGGCCUGAGAGAGAGCGAGGACGCCGUGCAUAUCACGGAGGAAGAGUUGGCCACGUAUUUCGCCAAGUUCGGCGUGAUCGAGAGCGUGUCCAUCAACCGGGAUGACCGCACCCAGCGCGGCCGCGGGUUCGCCUUCGUGAAGUUCUUCCAGGAGUUAAGCCGAAACCGAAUGAAUCCAAGAGACUUCCACCUGACUUACAUGACCGUCAGGCGGCACUACAACGACCCGUAGAUGCGCUUGCUACAUAUGAUCAACCGUUUUAUUUUGUCCUCAACUGCGGUCUCCUGGUGCAAAAUAGUUUUCAUGUCUGAAUUGAUACAACCGGGGGCUCGAACUCAUUAUCUUUCGAGUCCGGUGGCACCAACGGCUGAGCUGUGGUGUCUAGUUCCGGUGUUUACUUUUUCAACAUCAACAUCCAAAACGAAACGUGUUGAGUUGAUGUAUGUAUCAAUGACUGCGGUGGGUCAGCUCACCUGCGUAUUUUUUUUUUCUGUACACGGGCAACAACCGCGGCGGGGAGGGAAAGUGUGCUCUUGAGACUCUCAGCAGCCGCAACGCUUGUUUUCAUUCCAUGCUGUGGUUUUGAGUGUUGGCAGUCGGCUGUCUUUUUUUUUCGGGUUGGUUUCAAGCAUUAUUUGUUGAUGCGUCCUGGUUCCAGCUUGGACGAUGAGAAUCAGGCCAGACUUGCCUUGGUUUUCUUGUCUUGCUUAUCUCCCUUUGUCACCAUUCAGGUAUCGGUGUGCUGUCUGUUGGUGUGCACUCGCAACACUAGCAUUCUACACGUUCGCUUUCGCAAUUUUCCCAGAGAGAAACCCCACAGGAUUGUGCGGCCUUGUACGGAUAUUGUAAAGCACGAGAGAAAGCAGCAUGUGCUACCCUGAACAUCACACACACUAGUUUAUAGGUGGCGUCCUGUGUACGCGCCCUCCAUGACACAGGUUACUCAAUCACGCGACGAUGUUGUGAUGUAGAGUGGUCAACCUCGUAAGCCUACUUUGAUGGUAACAGGUUGGAGUUCGAUCCUCAGUGUUCACACUUCGAUUUGUCGGUCGACGAAGGAAAGGGACGCCUGAACCCUUGUCACGAUCAAGACUAUGGCAAGCAACCGCAGGAGGAAAUGGCGGGUCGAAAACAUGAACGUAC